CUUUGCCUCUGCUCCGUCCUCAUUCCCCACUUACGAAAAAGCCCGCUUCUUCUUUUCUAGGGUUUUGAAAAGUAGGGUUUUUACUUUCUCCCCUCCAUUUUCUUUCUUCAACCCCUCGCUAGGGUUCCUCAAAUUCCAAACGAAGAAGAAGAAUAAGCCCACAAUGGUUUCUCCUCACGAGCUCCUCGCCACUAUCGAGUCGGCCUUGCUGGGCCCCACUCCGCCGACUCCGACACAGCGGAUCGAGCUCAUGCACGCUCUUCGAUCCUCUUUCUCCUCUCUGCGCGGAGAAUCGUCCCCUCUUCUUUCCCAGUACCCGGGACCGAAGGCGUCAGAUCGAGCUCAGGUUCAGUCGAAGGAGGUUCGACUCCCGGAUUCUCCGCCGAUCUCGCUGGAUGACAUGGACGUCCAAAUUGCUAUUAAGUUAAGUGAUGAACUCAACCUUAAUGAAAUUGAGUGCAUCAGGCUCCUCGUUUCUGCCAAUAGAGAGUGGGUUCUAUUUGGACGAGAACCAAUAGAGAUUUUUCGUCUCGCAGCAGGCCUUUGGUACACAGAGAGGCGGGAUCUUAUAACCUCAUUGUACACCCUUAUGCGGGCUGUUGUGCUCGACCAGGGUCUGGAGGCUGAUCUUGUGGUAGACAUCCAAAAGUUUCUCAAUGAUCUUUUUGAAUGUGGUUUGAGGCAACGGUUAAUAAUACUGAUAAAGGAACUCAGUCGGGAAGAACCGAGUGGUUUUGGUGGUCCAAAUGCUGAACGCUAUGUUCUUGAUUUUAGAGGUGCUAUUGUCUUGAGGCAAGCUGUUGUUUCUCGAGAACGAUUAAGCCUUAGUCAUUGCCUUGUUCUAUCUGUGCUCAUUACACGGAUCAAUCCGAAAGAUGUGAAAGAUGUUUUUAUAACCUUAAAAGAUUGUGCAGGUGGAAUCAAUGAUAGUGACUCCACCAUACAACUUCAGAUCACAUUCAGCCUUAUGUUUACCCUGGUGAUAGCUUUCAUAUCUGAUGCUCUGAGCAUAGCUUCAGACAAAGCAUCAACAUCGUUGCAUGAUUCUUCCUUCAGUCUUGAAUUUCAUGGACUACUAAUGAUUGUUGGGAACAUCCCAAACAUUGAGGGCUUCGUUGAUGUUAUAAGACUAGCAUGGGCUGUGCACAUGAUUAUAUCUCAAGAUCAGGGUGCAGGAGAUAUUUCUUCUGGUGGUUCUUCCAAGGAUUUGUCAAAUAUUUAUUCUUGCUUGCAGCUUGUGUGCACAAACAAUGUCUUCCAAUUCUUACUCACCAGAGUACUUCGGACAGCUGCCUACCAGAAUGAUGAUGAGGAUUUGGUUUAUAUGUAUAACGGAUACAUGCACAAGUUGAUGAUGUUCUUUCUUUCUCACCCGGUUACACGGGACAAGGUGAAAGAAAUGAAGGAGAAGGCUAUGACUGCCCUUAGUCCAUAUAUCAUGGCAGGAGCGGAUGACUUUAGAGAUGAUCCUUCAUUUUAUUUGCAACAACAUGCCCACAUGAGUCGUCAGCCAUUCAUAUCGAUUUUGGAGUUGGUUGGUGAUGUUUAUCAGAAAGAACCAGAGCUUCUGUAUGGAAAUGAAGAAUUGUGGGCGUUUAUUAACUUUGCUGGGGAGGAUCAUACUAAUAUGCACACUCUUGUUGCUUUCCUGAGAAUGCUGAAGGCUCUGGCUUCUAAUGAGGAGGGCGCUUCAAAAGUUUUCGAGUUACUUCAGGGUAAAAUGUUUCGGUCCGUCCGGUGGAGUACCUUAUUUGACUGCAUAUCCAUUUACGAGGAGAAGUUCAAACAAUCCCUUCAGAGUUCUGGAAGCAUGUUGCCAGAAUUUGAGGAAGCUGAUGCUCAAGUACUUGUUGCAUAUUUGGAUGUUCUUCAGAAGGUCGUGGAAAAUGGAAAUCCAGUUGAAAGGAAGAAAUGGUUUCCAGAUAUUGAACCCUUGUUUAAGCUGCUUAGCUAUGAGAAUGUACCUCCAUAUCUGAAGGGGGCAUUUAGGAGUGCUAUUACUGCUUUUGUUCAAGUGUCUCCAGAUCUGAAAGAGACUAUCUGGACUUAUCUUGAGCAAUACGAUCUUCCUGUAGUUGUGGGUCCGUCUUCCGGGCAUAGCGGGCAACAUGUACCAUCACAGGUUUAUGAUAUGCGGUUUGAACUGAAUGAAGUUGAAGCAAGGACCGAAAAGUAUCCAUCAACAAUAUCUUUUCUUAACUUGUUGAAUGCACUAAUUGCAGAAGAAAGAGAUGUCACUGAUAGAGGCAGAAGGUUUGUGGGAAUCUUUAGAUUUGUCUAUGAUCAUGUCUUUGGACCUUUCCCUCAGAGAGCAUAUGCUGAUCCGAGUGAGAAGUGGCAGUUGGUUAUUGCUUGUCUUCAGCACUUCCACAUGGUUCUGAGUAUGUACAACUUGAAGGAUGGAGAUAUUGGUGAUGCUAUUGAUAUCUCUCAGUCGUCUGCAGUGGCACAUGCUUCUCCACUAGAAACACAACUACCCACGGUUGAACUGUUAAAAGACUUCAUGAGUGGUAAAGUAGUCUUCCGCAAUAUUAUGAGUAUCAUCUUGUUGGGAGUGGACACAGUCAUCAAUGAUCGGACUAGCCAAACAUUUGGUCAACUUUUGGAGAAAGCUGUGCACCUCUCAUUAGAAAUCAUAGUUCUAGUUUUGGAGAAGGAUUUGCUUCUUGCUGAUGUCUGGCGUCCAUUAUACCAGCCCUUGGAUAUUAUAUUAUCUCAAGAUCAUAAUCAAAUAGUUGCUUUGCUGGAGUAUGUACGAUAUGAUUUUCUCCCUCAAAUCCAGCUGUGCUCGAUAAAGAUCAUGAACAUUCUAAGUUCUAGAAUGGUUGGACUCGUACCGUUGCUGUUGAAGCUGAAUGCAGCAAAAGUCCUAGUUGAGGAUUAUGCUACUUUGCUCGAGUCCCGUUUUGAUGAAUGCCAUGUCAUAGUGAACUCAAAAAAUGAUGCCGGCGUUCUCAUAUUGCAGCUUCUUCUUGAUAAUGUUAAUCGCCCACCACCAAAUGUCACACAUUUACUUCUCAAAUUUGAUGUAGAUAAUCCUAUUGAGCAGACAGUGCUCCAGCCAAAAUUCCAUUUCAGUUGCUUGAAGGUUAUUCUUGAUAAUUUGGAAAAGCUUUCAAUGCCUGAAGUAAAUGCUCUACUGUAUGAGUUUGCUUUCCAGCUCGUUUAUGAACUGUGCUUGGAUCCGUUGACUACUGGUCCUACAAUGGAUCUGCUAAGUGCUAAAAAAUAUCAAUUCUUUGCAAAGCAUCUGGAAGGUUUUGUCAUUUCUCCACUACCUAAGAGGAGUACCAAUCAGGCUCUUCGAAUCAGCACACUCCAUCAGAGAGCAUGGUUAUUGAAACUACUAGCACUGGAAUUACAUUUAGCUGAUGUAGCCUCAUCAGGUCAUAGAGAAACAUGCCUGGCUAUUCUCUCUGGGAUUUUUGACCAGUGCAAUGUUGAGAAUGGCAGUGGACCAAGUGCAUCCGAAACCUUUGAGAUAGAUGCAGGUCAUGCUGGAAAUAGAACCAUGAAUAAUAGUAAGGUCUUACAGCUGCUGGAAAUCCUCCAGUUUAGAUCGCCUGAUAUUGCGAAGUACCCUCAGUACAUUUCCAAUUUGAAAUAUGAUACACUGGUGGAGGAGAUUCUUAGAAAUCCUGCAGCCUCUGAAAUGGGUGGUGUAUACUAUUACUCAGAACGAGGGGAUCGGCUAAUUGAUCUUGAUUCAUUCCAUGAUAAACUAUUGGAGAUGUUUAAAUUUUAUAGUCAAGUAAGCUCCCAGUUUAAUGAAGUUGAGAAUAAUGAAGUACGAGAAUCUAUACGGCAGUUGUUGAGGUGGUGCUGGAGAUACAACAAGAACCUUGAAGAACAAGCAGCUCAGCUUCAUAUGUUGGCUGGGUGGUCCCAUGUUGUAGAGGUCUCAAUAUCUAGAAGAAUGUCAUUUCUUGUAGAUCAUUCUCGAGUAUUAUUCGAAGUUCUUGAUGCUUCACUGAGUGCAUCUGCUUCUCCAGAUUGUUCCUUGAAGAUGGCACUGAUAUUAAGCAAUGUUGCACUCACCUGUAUGGCUAAGUUGCGGGAUGAAAGGUUCUUAUAUCCUGGAGGUGUAGACUCUGAGAGUCUAACAUGCCUUGAUAUCAUAUCAGUAAAACAACUCUCAAAUGGAGCUUGUCAAUCUAUCCUAUUUAAACUUACAAUGGCUAUUCUCAGAAAUGAAUCAUCAGAAACCUUGAGACGGCGCCAAUAUGCAUUACUUCUUAGUUACUUUCAGUACUGCCGGAGUAUCCUUGACCCAGAUAUACCAGCAUCAGUUUUACGUUUCCUGAUUCAUGAAGAACAGGAUGUAGAUGAUGGCCUAAAUCUUCAGAAGAUUGACAGGGAACAAGCUGAACUAGAGCGAGCCAACUUUUCCAUAUUGCGGAAAGAGGCUCAAGCAAUCAUUGAUGCAGUGACAAAAGAUGCUACUCAAGGCAGUGAAGCUGGAAAGGCCAUAUCACUUUAUGUUUUGGAUGCGUUUAUUAGUAUUGAUCAAGAGAAGUUCUUCUUGAACCAACUGCAAAGUAGAGGAAUUCUGAGAUCUUGCCUAACAGAUAUUAGUAAUGUUCCAUAUAAGGAUGGUCGGUGUUCAUUAGAAUCUUUGCAACGUUUCUGCACCCUUGAAGCACAACUCUUGUUGCUUUUGAGAAUUAGCCACCACUACAAUAAGCACGGAGCUCAGAUUCUACUAUCUAUGGGCGCUUUGGAACAUAUUGGCUCAUGCAGAGCUGUUGGUUUGCAUACCAAGGGAAUCGCUAGACGAGGUGGCUCUAGUAUUGCCGGAGGUCAUGCUGGAGAUGUUGAUAAGCAGACUUUGCUUGUAACUCCAAUAUUGAGAUUGGUCUCAAGCCUAACAUCACUGGUUGAAACAUCAGAUUUCUUAGAGGUGAAAAACAAAAUUGUACGUGAGAUAAUAGAUUUUGUCAAGUGUCACCAGUCAACUUUUUAUCAAAUUCUGAAGGAUGUCUCAGGAGCUAAUGAAUUAGCCUUAGAAAGAAUCAAUCUUGUUGUUUCUAUACUCAGCAAGGUCUGGCCAUAUGAAGAAAGCGAUGAAUAUGGUUUUGUUCAAGAACUUUUUAGCAUGAUGGAAUAUUUUUUCCAACUUGAUUUUGGUUCCAACAAUGUUAUGCAAUCAUCUGAUUCCGUCGAGAAACAAAGGAAGUUACAGUUGUUCAUGUUCCAGUUAUCUUUUAGCCUGAGCUCUUACCUGUAUUUUCUGGUGACUAAGAAGCUUUUGAGGUUGCAGGUGUUGGAUGGUACUGGCGAUAGUAGUGACUCUAUUGGACAGCAGCAACCUACAUUACUUUCACUUGUACACCUUCUUUAUUCAAUUACUGUUGCUUUGGAGAGAACUGGUGAAGAAAAAUUCUUACUGCUCAACAAGAUCCAAGAUAUCAAUGAACUAUCUAGACAGGAGGUUGAUGAAAUUAUCACUGCUUGCACCAGACAAGACUGCAUAUCUUCACAUGAUAAUAUUCGGAAGCGGAGAUACAUUGCAAUGGUAGAAAUGUGUCGCAUUGUUGGGAGUCGGGAUCAACUAAUUACUCUGUUGCUUCGGCUUGCAGAACGUUGUUUUAACAUUCUUCUAAUCCAUUUACAGGAUGAGAAUACUGACUCGAAUGACCUUUCUUUAUUGUGUGGAAAGCUACAUCCAACAUUAGAAAGACUAGAGCAGUUGAGGGAGGAGAAAAUUGGACAAGCUCUGAAAUUGUUCCAGAGAUCUGUAAGCACUCUCAAGGAAAUUUCUGUUAGGAAUCUGGCCCCCUAGAAAAGGUACUACACCUUCCCGGAGAUGUCUCAUCAGACUCUGGGCGAGUUCCUGUAGGAACCUAGGUCCUAGAGGAGGAACCAUUUGAGCUUGGGCCUGAAGUCAAAUGUAAUUUUUGAAGUUUUCUCCUUGAGCUCGACUAUUUUGUUCGUGAUAUGCCCCCUCUUGAAAUGCAGAACAUAUUAAGAUAUAUGCCACUCAUCAGUUAAAUGGAGAUGCUGUGAAGCUGAUACCGAGAUGAUAUGCAGUCCUUGUACUUCCCUUUUACUUGUAAGGUUGAAGCUGAUGUGUGACGCUACUAACUACUUCGCUUGCUUUUUCUGGGGGCAAAGUAAUGGCAAUUAGGAAGAAAUAUUAUAUACCAAUUUAUGAUUCUAUUUUUGACUUUCAAUUGUAAAUAGAUGUAGCGAAGAAGGCAGUGGAAAAACCUUGUAUUCAUGUAAUGUAAAAGCCUGUGAUUCAAGGUUAUGACUUCGAACUGAAAGAAAGCAAAGCCCGCAUAAUAGGAUAAUGACUUCAAAUCGAAAGAAGUUAAAGCCUACUAAGAUUAUGACUUCAAAUUGUAAAAAAGCUAAUGCUUGUACACUUGCAGAUACAGACUUCCCAUAACAAUUUUUUUCGAGCAGUGGCAGAAUUUACAUUUUGCUGUCAUACUUGCUGCUUUGGUUC